ACAGCUUCCAGGCGGCGGGCGCGGCUUCACUGCGCAACUAGCAGGAGGGGUCUCUCGGUCCGGGGCUGGGCAGCCGCCCCGGAGACUUGGUUUCUAGCUGGCAAUUCAGUGGGGCCAUUUACUACCCAGCCUUCGUGGUCUGGGUGGCAUCAGCUGGUGAGGGCAGAUGCCAGCCUAGCAACACCUUCUAAGCAACCACAGCCCAGGAAACCAGAGAAAUCAGAGAGAAAGAGAAGCCCAGGAGGAGAAAAGGGCUCCAAGGAGCCCAGCUUCUCAGGGUUCCCUGAGGUGCUGGUGGAGACCCCUCACAUGGUAGCAAGUGCAAAAUUGGAAAUGGCUUCCCCAGAAUCUAAGAGCCUUGUCCCCUUCACCAGAGAGUCUCUUGAGAUUAUGGAACAGCGUAUUGCUAAAAAGCACAGUGAGGAACACCAAGAAGAAUUAAAGCCAAACCCUGAUUUGGAAGUUGGAAAAGAGCUUCCAUUUGUUUAUGGAAAUCUUCCUCAAGGAAUGGUGUCAGAGCCCUUGGAAGACGUGGACCCAUACUAUCAGAAUAAAAAUACUUUCAUGGUAUUAAAUAAAAAGAGAACAAUCUUCAGAUUCAAUGCCAGCUGGUGUACAUUGUCUCCUUUCAAUUCAAUUAGAAGAACAACUAUUAAGAUUCUGGUACAUCCCCUUUUCCAACUAUUCAUUUUAAUUAGCGUCCUGAUUGACUGCAUACAUAUGUCCAUGAAUGAUUUGCCAAAAUGGGUGCCAGCAUUGCAGACUACUUUGCUUGGAAUUUACACAUUUGAAAUACUUGUAAAACUCACUGCAAGAGGCACCGGGGCAGGACCUUUCUACUUCUUUGGUGAUCCGUGGAACUGCCUUGAUUUAAGUAUAACUUUGUUUGAGCAUAUAACAAGAUAUUCAACUCCAAACUCCACUCCAAUAUUUGGAAUUGUAAGAAAUUUGAGAAUUUUGAAAAUUAUUCCUUUAAACCAAGGUCUGAAGUCUUAUGUAGGGAUCCUGCUCCAUUGCUUGAAAAAACUUACUGGUGUCAUUAUACUUGCUCUGUUUUUCCUGAGCGUAUUUUCUCUAAUUGGGAUGGAACUCUUCAUGGGCAAACUGAAGCAUAAAUGUUUAAGAUGGCCCCAAGAAAAUGAAACUGAAACCCUGCACAACAGAACCGGAAACUCACGUUAUAUUCGAGAAACACAAAACUUUUAUUAUUUGGAAGGAGAAAAAUAUGCUCUCCUUUGUGGCAACAGAACAGAUGCUGGUCAGUGUCCCGAAGGAUAUGUGUGUGUAAAAGCUGGCGUAAAUCCUGAUGAUGGCUACACAAAUUUUGACAAUUUUGGCUGGGCCUUAUUAGCCCUAUUCCGGUUAAUGGCGCAGGAUUACCCUGAAGCACUUUAUCAUCAGAUCCUUUAUGCUUCUGGGAAGGUCUACAUGAUAUUUUUUAUUGUAAUAAGUUUUUGGUUUGCCUUUUAUAUGGCAAGUUUGUUCUUGGGCAUUCUUGCUAUGUCCUAUGAAGAAGAAAAGCAGGCAGCUGCUGAAAAAGCUCAGAAGACUGAACCGAAAUUUCAGGACACUUUAAAAGAACUUCAAGAAGGAAACAAAGCAGUUGAGACCAAGACCACAGAAAUAGAAAUGAAGAAAAGAUCACCAACUUCUGUAAUCACUUCUUUGGAUGUGUUGGAUGAUGCUUCUAUCAGACAUGGAGAAGAACAUCAAACCUCUCAGAAGAAAUGCCCAUUGUGUUGGUAUAAAUUUGCCAAAACUCUCUUGAUCUGGAAUUCUCCCUGUUGGUUAAAAUUGAAAGACUUUGUCCAUGUAAUUAUAAUGCACCCAUUUACUGAUCUGUUUCUCACUGUAUGCAUAAUUCUAAACAUAAUUUUUAUGGCCUUGGAAUGUUAUCCAAUAAGUAAAGAAACCAUCAAUGUUCUCAGCAUUGAAAACCAGGUUUUUAUUGGAAUUUUCACAGCAGAAAUGAUUUUAAUAAUUGCCAUGCAUCCAUAUGAGUAUUUCCAAAAAGGCUGGACAUUUUUGAUUGCCUAAUUGGUGUUCCAUGGUUUAGCAGAACUUUUAUCUACAAAUGUUCAUGGAAUGGCUCUUUUUCGAUUAUUCAGGGUGAUGCGAAUUUUCAAGUUGGGGAAAUAUUGGCCAACAUUUAGGGUUCUGAUGCUGACUCUUAGUAACUCAUUGGUGGCCCUGAAAGACUUGAUCCUGCUCUUGUUCACAUUCAUGUUCUUUUCUGCUGUGGUCGGCAUGAACAUGUUUGGUUCGAGUUACAAAGAUUGUAUCUGGAACGUAGACAAACACUCUCAAGUCCCACGCUGGCACAUGAUUGAUUUCUUCCACUCCUAUCUGACCGUGUUCCGGAUUCUCUGUGGAGAGUGGAUAGAGACUUUAUGGGAUUGCUUUAAUGUAGCAGGCCAAUUCCAUUGUUUUCCUUUUUACAUGAUGGUCAUUUUAAUUGGAAACUUAUUGAUAUUAUACCUGUUUCUGGCCUUGGUGAGCUCAUUUAGUUCAUACAAUGCUGCGACAACUGAAGAGAAUGAUGAAGCAAAAAAUCUCCAGCAUGCAAUGGCAAGGAUCAAGAAAGGAAUAAACUGUGUGCUUUCUAAAGUAUUACGCAAAAAACAAAAUGUUCCCAAGGAGCCAAUGGACAAUGUAAAUGAUACCUACGUUAAAGAGAAUAUUUCUGACCAUACCCUUUCUGAAUUGAGCAACACCCAGGAUUUUCUCAAGGAUAAGGAAAAGAGCAGUAGCACAGAGAAAACCACAAUGGGCGAAAAUGAGGGUCAAUCACUUAUCCCCAGUCCUAGUGUCUCUGAAACUGUACCAAUGGCUUCAGGAGAAUCUGACAUAGAAAAUCUGGAUAAUAAGGAGAUUCAGAGCAAGUCGGGCGAUGGAAGCAGCAAAGAGAAGGUAAAGCCAUCUAGCUCAUCUGAAUGCAGUACAGUUGACAUUGCUAUUUCUGAAGAAGAAGAAAUGAUCUAUGAACAUGAAAAGCUAAAACAUCUUAAAAACAGGCAUGAACAAAGAUCUUCACCUUGUCAAAUCAGUAGAGAAUCCAAGAGAGGAAAAAUUUGUCGAAACAUGAGGAAAACCUGUUGCAAGAUAGUAGAAAACAGUUUUUUUAAGUGUUUCAUUGGCCUUGUCAUUCUGCUAAGCACAGGUGCUCUGGCUUUUGAAGAUAUAUAUAUCGAUCAAAGAAAAACUAUUAAAAUCUUAUUAGAAUAUGCUGACAUGAUCUUCACUUACAUCUUCAUUCUGGAAAUGCUUCUAAAGUGGAUGGCCUAUGGUUUUAAAGCCUAUUUCACUAAUGGCUGGUACAGACUAGACUUCAUGGUUGUUAUUGUGUUUUGUCUUUGCUUAAUAGGCAAAUCUCGGGAAGAACUAAAACCACUUAUUUCCAUUAAAUUCCUUCGGGCACUCAGAGUUCUAUCUCAGUUUGAAACAAUGAAGGUGGUUGUCAGAGCUUUGAUAAAAACAACUUUACCCACUUUCAGUGUGUUUCUGGUCUGCCUUAUGAUCUGGCUGGCUUUCAGCAUCAUGGGAGUAUACUUAUUUGCUGGCACGUUCUAUGAAUGCAUUGACCCAACAAGUGGAGGACGGUUUCCUAUAUAUGAAGUCAGUAAUAAGAGUCAAUGUGAAAGUCUCGUAUUUAAUGAAUCCAUGCCAUGGGAGAAUGCAAAACUAAACUUUGAUAAUGUGGGAAAUGGUUUCCUUUCACUGCUUCAAGUAGCAACAUUUAAUGGAUGGAUCACUAUUAUGAAUUCAGCUGUUGAUUCUAUUGGUGUAAAUAUGCAGCCUAAUUUUGAAGACAACAUCUACAUGUAUUGUUACUUUAUUGUCUUUAUUAUCAUCGGAUUAUUUCUUCCUCUGACCAUGCUGAUCGGUGUUAUUAUUGCUAAUUUCAACAAGCAUAAAGUAAAGCAGGGAGGCUCAAAUAUCUUUAUAACAAUAAAACAGAAGAAACAAUAUUGUGCACUAAAGAAAUUGAUAUAUGAGGACUCUGAGAAACCAGUACCUCGCCCAGGAAACAAGUUCCAAGGAUUCAUCUUUGACUUAGUAACAAAUCAAGUUUUUAAUAUUAUCAUUCUGGUUCUUAUCUGUUUCCAAGCAAUAACCAUUAUGAUACAAAGUGAUGAGCAAAGUCUAAAAAUGGACACUGCUCUCUACUGGAUUAACACUUUUUUUAUUAUACUAUACACUGGAGAAUGUGUACUGAAGCUCAUCUCUUUUCAAUGUAACUACUUCACCAUUGGAUGGAAUGUUUUUGAUUUUAUGGUAGUCAUUUUCUCUAUUACAGGACUAUUUCUGCCUUUGAUGGUCGGCUACUACCUGGUGCCUCCUUCCCUCGUGCAACUGUUACUUCUGUCUCGACUCAUCCACAUCCUGCGUCCUGGGAAAGGACCAAAGGUCUUCCAUGAUCUGCUGCUUCCUUUGAUGCUGUCCCUCCCAGCAUUGCUGAACAUCAGUCUUCUCAUCUUCCUCGUAAUGUUUAUCUACGCCAUCUUUGGAAUGUACAAUUUUGCUUAUGUCAAAAAGGAAGCUGGAAUUAACGAUGUGUCCAACUUUGAAACCUUUGGCAGCAGUAUGCUCUGUCUUUUCCAAGUUACAAUAUUUGCUGGUUGGGAUGGGAUGCUCAAUGCAAUUUUCAACAGUAAAUGGUCUGACUGUGAUCCUGAUAAAAUUAACCCUGGGACUCAGGUUAGAGGAGAUUGUGGUAACCCCUUUCUUGGGAUUAUUUAUUUUGUCAGUUACAUCCUCAUAUCAUGGCUGAUCAUUGUAAACAUGUACAUUGUUUUUAUUAUGGAGUUUUUGAAAAUUGCUUCUAAAAAAAAUGCCAAGACUUUAAGUGAAGAUGAUUUUAGGAAAUUCUUUCACGUAUGGAAGAGGUUUGAUCCUGAUAGGACCCAGUAUAUAGACUCCAGCAAACUUUCGGAUUUUGCAGCUGCCCUGGAUCCUCCUCUUUUCAUGGCAAAACCAAACAAGGCGCAGCUUGUUGCCAUGGAUCUUCCCAUGGCUGUUGGGGAUAGAAUUCAUUGCCUUGACAUCUUACUUGCUUUUACAAAGCGAGUUAUGGGUAAAGAUAUGAGGAUGGAGAAAGUUCUUUCAGAGAUAGAAUCAGGGUUUAUGUUAGCCAACCCUUUUAAGAUCACAUAUGAGCCAAUUACAACUACUCUGAAACGAAAACAAGAGGCAGUCUCAGCAACCAUCAUUCAGCGUGCUUACAAAAGUUACCGUUUGAGACGAAAUGACAAAAAUACAUCAGAUAUUCAUAUGAUAGAUGAUGAUUUGGAAGUUCAAGCUACCGACUUUGAUAAAGCUGAGGAAAAGUUGACUAUUAAAAGCCAGAUCUAAUCCCAUUUACCACCUUCUUCACAUACACCCAAAAAUCUUAAAAGUUUAGGUCAGGAAUUAAAGCAAAGAUUAGAGACAGUAAAGAUUUCACUUAAUAAUCAUUUGUUUAUAACUCUUGCUUAUUUUCAGAAGACUCCAUGUCAAAUUCACUUCUUACCCCUAUAUAUUCAUUGUAACCAAGACUACCCUUUAAAUCGCUGCAGUGAGUUAAAGUGGCUUUGAUAAUUCGGUGCUUGUUUUCUCUAUAUGGUUUAUGUAGUAUGUGCUGCUUCUGGAGGAUGGCGAAGUAGUGGUAGAGAUUAGUAGCAAAAGGGUCUUCCUUGUAUAUUUUAUGUCUACUUUAACUUGAUGGGAUUCAAGUCCUCACUUUCUUAAUGUAGGAUGCUGUUUAAAAAAUAGUACAAUGCCAUGGGCCAUGAAGUCAUAAACUUGCCUAGACAGAUGUCAAUUGAAGGAAGAGGAAGGGUAAUUCUUAAAAAGUGCCUUUGAGAUCAACCACAGAGACCCUUGGUCUGAAUCAAAUCACAUUUGAAAAAGAUUGGUUGGAGUCCACCUUUUGUUUUAGUUUGUUUUUGUUUUAUUUUUGGUACAGAGAAUUAAUGUUGUUUCAUUGUUUCUCGUCUAUGGCUAGUUCCACCUAAGUUCCAGCUCUUUAACAGAAUGGAUUCAUAGAAGAAAAAUAAAGGGAACACAGUUAUGACCUACAUUUUCCUCUUUUUUUCUCAUUUACAUUUUUAUGUAUACAUUGACUAAAAUGACAUAAUAGAGAAUGUGUUAGUAGACUCAAUUCCUAUCAUAAAACUAAUGUAUUUUUAUCAUUUAUCUAUAAUGUAACAUUGAGUAUAUAAGGUUUGGCAAAUGCAUAUCAUAAUAUGAAUGAGAAGAGUCAAGAACUACCACUGUGUCUAGGGAUUUUUACAGUAUUUUGAUCUGUAGCGGGAAAUUGGCCACGUUGAAGUACUUCUCACUAUACUUUAUCAUUCUUUAUAACUUAGAGAAAAAAAAUAAUCCUGAAACCGUGAGGACUCUGAAUUAGGAGAUCAAAGUAUAAUUUCGUUGUUGGUGGGGUUUUAUAACAUUAAUAUGUACAAGUUAGUUUUCAAUUACUUUUAUUUUUCCAAGUUUUCUUGUUUUAUCUCAUUACAUACAUAAUUACUCGGUAAAAUGUUUGUGUUUGAAAAACUUUAAAAUCCUAAACAUUAAUUUUCACUAUUGAAAUUAUUUUUAUAAGAUAGGCACAAAGUUGUUUUUCAAUGUUCUCAUAAAAAUGCAGGCACAUCCAUGUAGUUUGAGAUUCUAAAAUUUAUUCCUUUUGUAUGAAGAUGGAUUUCAAUGUGCCUACAAAUUCCUAAAGGAUUCGAAAAAAUAAUAUGUGUACUGUUGACUUAAAUGAGAAGCUUAUGUGAUGUUCAAUGCCAUUUAAAUAUCAGUAAUUAUAUUUUAUUAUGAAUGCAUGAUCUUGAGCCUUAACUAUUAUAAUCUCUUUCUGCUCCUCAGAAAUGUACUAACCUAACCAAGAUGCCUUUGGGGGGUCCCCUAAGCAAGUAUAAAUUCAGGGUUCUGUUUCUUUUUAUAAGUGUUCCUUUCUUUCUCCUCCUGCUCUCCAUCAUGUGAUGGGAACUGGAACCGUGAGGAAUCAUCGUUAACUUGGUGACAUGGUGAUAGUUGGUGCUUUAUUUAAGCAUCUCAGUUUUCUAUUUCUUGGAAAUGCUUUAAUGUGGAAAUUGCUUCAGAUAUUGAAACUUAAUCUUAACUUGCUUCUGUAAAUUCCAUAAAGACCAUAAACUGAUUUUAGUUUGAAAAUUAUAUCUUUUACUUAUAAACUGUAUUUGCCACUAACUUACCCAAAUUGUGUAAAAAAUUAUUUUUAACAAAGUCUUACAAUAUAUUCUACUUUUUAGAUACUUUAGAGAAUAAUAAACACAACCUGUUAACCAUA